UGAAUUACCUCAUCCAUAUACAUGUUGCCUUAACUAAAUGUUUUCAUGGAUUUUUCUUCAUUUACAUGAAAAUCUGCUUUUUUAUGUCUUACCUAAAUGCUUUCCGAGAAAUUAUUUUCUCAAUGAGUUGAUCAAAGCAUGUUUGAGAAUUCCAACGCCGCACACCCGUCAAAGCUCCAGAACGCCAAGUCGGCUCCGUCCCUGAACCGACGCUCGCUGCCCAACUCCUCGGGUCUAGCAGGCACUGUAGAUGCCCCCGGCAUGGCGGGGGCGAAGACUGGCAGCAGCCAGCACCUGAAGAACGCCCUCAACCUCGGCAAGGCCAUGGGGGCCAGGGUGAAUGACCUGCUGAGGCGGAAAGACCCCAGCAGCCUGGGUGACAUCGGAGUGACAGAGGUCAACAAGAAUGUGGGGGCCGUGUGGGCCUGCAUGGAGGGUGCCACACAGGGCGUCACAGCCAACAGUCACACAUUUGAUGCUUUCCCCCGACUUGAUCCACCCCCUCCCACCAAUAAGAAACGCCUUCCUCGUGCUCUGAAGACCACUCAAGACAUGAUGAUUUCGUCUGACCCCGUGGUGGCCACCCCCGAGGUCCCAGACUCAUCCUAUGCAUCUUCUCCUGACAAAACUCCUCUCAUCCAGGAAGACAAGUCAAAGGAGCAGCUCAAUGAGGAAGAAGCAGACGAGAGGGAGCUGGAGAAAGACUCAGGGCAGACCAGUGCUAUUUAUUGUGAGGUUAAAGAGGAAGUUGAAGGCAUCACCAAACCGGAUGCUGUGGGCCUGGACGGACCAAAGGAGAACCACGAGGAGGACUUGUCUCAGCUCCUGCUGUCUGUGCCUGACCUUAUCCACAAGGACAACCUGGACCCCAGGCAGAAGCCUGGAGGCCUAGAGACCAGGAUGGCAUCCACCCCAGUGAAGUCAGACAUCCGUGUCAGUGUGGGUGAGGAUGAUCUCCUGGACAACGGAUCAGUGGUCUUGGGUGUGCCGAGACAGAGGUCCUCCAGUGUAGACAACGAAGAGCCACAUCCAGACCUGCUGUCCUUUGAGUAGUUGCUGUCUUCAUGUCUGUGACCUUCUGACCUCACCCCCCUCCCAAUCCCUCUCCUGUAUAGUGACUGAGCAGAAAAAGGUUGUCUUCACUAGCUUCAUAAAGAUGAGUUUGGAUGGAGUUUGUCUGUAUGAAUCAAAAUGUCAUCAAAACAUUAGCCCUCCUCCAAUGAUGCAGUGAAUGGUUUAUAGCAGUAUCUUGAGGGAACAGACCAAAGUUGUUCAUAAUUAUUAUAGUACACAGCCUCACAC